AUGAAGAAAGAAAAUACACAAAUAAAAUAUUCUAAAUCUAGACAAGAAGGUAUUAAUAUCUAUUUUCAAGAGAAGAUUAAUGAUCUUGAAAAUAAACAAGCUGAAAUUACGGAUUUAUUAGUAAAAAAAAAAAAUGAUACUGAUAGGCUUAUUAUAAUAAACAAGGAAAAAAGUAACACUAUUAAUUCAAUUAAAGAAAAAAUUGCUGUUAUGGUAGAAGAUCAUACAUCUUAUAUAAAUGAAAUGAAUAAAUUCAAAAAAGAUAUUCAAGAGGCUUUAGAACAUAAACGACAUCAAUUGUCAAGAAUUGAAACAAAAUUAAGUAAAUUAAAACAAUUAUACAUUGGCACAUCUAACGAGCACAAUAGACUUAAAAAAACAUUUUCAGAAAGGACGCAAAUUAAAAAAGAUCUCGAAAAUAGGCUGGAACUAUUAAAUGAAACAAUUAAGAAAAAAUAUUGGGCUAAUACGGCGAGAUUAUCUUUAGCUCAACAAAUAGAGCUUGCAAACCAAGAGAUUUUGUCGUGGAGAUAUCGUUUACAACGCCAUUCAAUAUUGCUAAAUGAUACUAGGAGAAAGUUAUUUAAUGAACUACAAGAUAUAAAAGGGAAUAUACGAGUAUUUUGUAGAAUUCGACCUCCAACAAUUUCUGAACAGGAUUCUUGUAUCAAAUAUGAUAUUUCAGAGGAUGCAUCCACAAUUACUAUAAAAAACUCAACCCCGAGAGGUAUAAGCCUUUUAACAUUUAAAUUUGACUAUAUUUUCUCAUCAAUUUCAACUCAAUCUGAAGUAUUUGAAGAAGUUUCACAGCUUAUUCAAUCUGCUUUAGAUGGUUAUAAUGUUUCUUUGUUUUCAUAUGGGCAAACUGGAAGCGGAAAAACUUUCACUAUGAUGGGCGGAAAGGACGAAAACGAGUAUGGAAUGAUUCCUAGAGCUCUUAAUUUAAUUUUUGAAAGCAUUGAUAGGAAUAUUGAAAAGGGGUGGUCAUAUCACAUCGAAUAUUCUGCAAUUGAAGUUUACAACGAAACUAUACGUGACCUGACUACGACUAAACAAAAAAAUUCGGAAGUAAAAAUAGAUCAAUUUGGGUCUGCAACAAUUGUUGGUAUAAAUUCAAUCAAAGUCGGCGGCAUUAAUGAUAUAAAUAACUUACUUAAAAUAGCACAAAAAAACCGAUCGGAAGCAUCAACAGAUUGUAAUGAAAGAAGCUCAAGAUCACACAGUAUUAUUCAAUUAAAAAUAUCUGGAAAACAUGGUAAGGGAACAGAUACACCAAAUAAUGACUCAAGAAAUAUAAACUCAACACUUUCAUUAAUUGACUUGGCCGGAUCAGAAAGAGCUAGCAAAAGUGGUGUUACAGGAGAGAGAAUGAAGGAAACUCAAUUCAUUAAUAAGUCCUUAAGUGCACUAGGAGAUGUAAUUCAAUCUAUAAAUUUAGAAAAGGAUCAUAUACCUUUUAGAAACAGCAAACUAACAAUGAUUCUUAAAAAUUCACUCGGAGGGAAUAGUAAGGCUGCCAUGUUAGUUCAUAUCUCACCCUCCUUGAAUUCCAUAAAUGAGACUAUUAGCUCGCUAAGAUUUGCAUCAAAAGUUCAAAACUGUAUAACAAAUCGUAACAAAGAAAAAAACUGA